CAAAGGUCCUUUAGCCGACACGGAUGUAUUAGAUAGAGUUCAGGAGAAGAUCUCUCGGAGACAGAUGCUCGGCCGCUUCCUCUCGCAGAGCCGCCGCCUGUCCACCAUGAGGGUGCAGAGUCCGCAGUUCAAGGCUCUCUUCACCGACGGCCUCAAGACUCUGACAGAUUUAUUUGCGCGGGAGAAUUAUGAGUUGCGGAUCGCAGGAGGCGCCGUCCGGGACCUUCUUGCGGGGAAGCAGCCGCACGACGUGGACUUUGCCACCACGGCCACCCCCGAUAAGAUGAAGGAUCUCUUCCUGAAGGAGGGAAUUCGGCUGAUUAACAACAAAGGAGAAAAGCACGGCACCGUGACGGCGAGGAUUAAUGACCAGAACUUUGAAGUCACGACACUGCGGGUCGACCUGCGGACGGACGGACGCCACGCGGAGGUGGAGUUUACAACCGACUGGGAGCAGGACGCAGAGAGGCGAGAUCUCACCAUCAACUCCAUGUUUCUGGGAUUUGACGGCACGCUGUACGAUUAUUUCAAUGGUUACGAAGAUUUGAAGAACCGGAACAUCCGAUUUGUGGGCGACCCAGCCAAACGGAUCCAGGAGGACUAUCUGCGAAUUCUCCGCUACCUCAGGUUUUAUGGAAGGAUAUCCGAGAAACCCGGAGAGCACAGUCCGUCCACUCUGGACGCCAUACGAGAACACGCUCCCGGACUGGGUGGCAUCUCGGGGGAAAGAAUCUGGGUGGAGCUUAAAAAGAUCCUAGAAGGAAAUCACGUCAAUCACAUGAUCCAACUGAUCUACCAGCUGGGAGUGGCUCCUCACAUUGGACUGCCGGAGGGUGGAAAUGUGGAGGAGUUCUCGCGCAUCUGCUCCCAGGCCGGGCCCCUGGCUGCUAAACCCAUGACCCUUCUGACUGCACUCUUCUGCCACCCGGAUGGCAUCCAAAAACUGGACCUGCGAUUGAAGAUCUCCAAGGAGGAGAAGGGGCUGGCACUAUUCUUACUGAAGGAGCGUAGGACGCUGACGGCAGAUCACAACGACCGCCAACCUCUGAAGCCGUUCCAGGAUUUUGUGAUUGAUUCCCGAGAAACAGACGCCCAGAAGAAGGUGUGCGAGCUGCUGAAGUACCAGGGCGAAGAGCAGCUCCUAAGACAGAUGGAAAAAUGGACACUGCCCCGCUUCCCUGUCAGUGGACACGACUUGCGGCGUAUGGGCGUGUCCUCGGGGAAGGAGAUUGGGAGAAUCCUGCAGGAACUGCGGGAGCGCUGGAAGGAAAGUGGCUACAAGGCCGACAAAGAGGAGCUGCUUAAUGCUGUGUCCAGGAACGACUAACCCUGGGUCAUACCAUUCCUGGAGGUGGGGACGCUCGGAGGCAGAUUCCCCCGUUAGAAAUAAUGGGAUAUUCUUCAGGAACCCUCGCGAUUUCUGCUGAUACAACAUAUAAUGAGGGCAAAUCAAUGGAAAAUGACAAGCUCUGCAACCUUUUAAUAGACCUAGUGCUUUGAUUCCACACCGUUUUCAAGAGUUCUGCUUGCUGUCAUUGAAUGGAACCUUGUUUACAGCCAAUUUCUUAUUGUUUUUUAAGAUAUAUACGAUGUCGUGACACAUGAAAAAGCACCGCGCGUGAGAACACAAGACUCAUAGCUAAGGAUUUGUUACAAUUGUAUCCAGUCUAAACAAUGCCAAACAAACUGCCUGGAUACAUUGUAACACAUUAUGAGGGGGGAGAAUUGUAUUGCUGAUGUGUUUAGCUCACGGAGGAUUGUCUAGACUGGAUACAAUUGUAACAAACCCUCAGCUGUGAAAGGUAUUGGGU